AUGCAACCAUAUUUUGUAAUUCGAGCUUAAGUUUAGAUACAGGAUCAUGUUUCUUUCCCACUGAAAGGAUUCUAUUCUUUGGGCAUUUACGAGAGUGAACACUUCUCUCAAACUAGGUCUCAUGGUUUCCUUCCUUUCAUUCUACCUUACAAACUGGCAAGUACAGGCCUGGGUUGUAUUUAUAUUUUCAAAAUCUGUUACCGUUGCCAAUUGAGCUCGUUGACGAAGACGAAGGCUUGCCGGACUUGCCUCGACGCUGUGUUCAUCGUUCGUGCCAAAUCGGACCGAGAGCGACUCGAACGCGAUUGUGGGAAAAUCAGAAGCGCGCAAUUUCCGGCCAUUUGGAAGAGAAGAUCCAGGAACUCAUGGCCGUCUAGAAACAGACUUAUCAGAGAGAUUGCUGGUGAAAGCACCAUGCCAAAAGUUCGCACAAAUCGCACGCGCUACCCGCAAGGAUGGGAACUCAUCGAACCUACCCUUCGUGACUUGGACAUGAAAAUGCGCGAAGCUGAGAACGAAUCUCACGAGGGGAAGAGAAAGUGCGAGGCACUGUGGCCUAUUUUCAAAAUCUCUCACCAGAAGACGAGAUAUAUCUAUGAUCUUUAUUAUCGACGGAAGGCCAUUUCGAAGGAGCUCUUCGAGUUUUGCUUAGAUCAGGGGUAUGCCGACAAAAGCCUGAUUGCCAAGUGGAAAAAGGCUGGUUACGAGAAGCUUUGCUGCCUGAGAUGCAUACAGCCCCGGGACCACAAUUUCAACACGACAUGCGUUUGUCGUGUUCCUAAGCAUUUGCGCGAGGAGAAGGUGAUUGAAUGCGUACAUUGUGGUUGCAGAGGGUGUGCAAGUGGGGACUAGAAGCUGUCGCUUAGUUGUGCAUGGAACAGGUUUUAUACGAUCCUUGUGACUCGUAGACCUCACCGUAGGUUGUAUAAUUUGUAGGGAUUGACUACUACUAGGCAGAUCGAAGGAAAUGUACCUCUCAUAUGGGUUGCCGGAAUAUAGCAGAGAAGGAGGUCUCGAUUUGAGGAAGGAUACAGGAUUGUAUCGGGAUUUCGCCAGUUUGUGGAGAGUUUGUUGCCGAUGAGCUAAUAUACCACAGAGAUCACAAAUUAGCGUCUUAUCCAAAAUUUGCCAUUCAAUUCCCCAACGAGAAAGAAGCGGGGAAUGUGUAUCGAAGAGUGCAAGUAUGUUUUGCUUUAUCUUCGCCAGUUGGUGUUGCCGAUUUUUCCUAUCUCAUGUUCUGAGGAAGUGUGGGCAUUAUCCAGUUUUUGUGGGGGGACGUUUUCGUAAAUGCUGCGUUUAGGCAGUAUACAGGGAGGAUACGCCUACAGUUUGUAAACCAAACCAUUUGUUGCUAACUUGUGUGACAAAUGAUCCCAUGAACUGAAUAUGCGGAAUAUUGUAUCACAAAUUAUCAUUUCCAAGAAUAACCAA